CUUUUUUAUUGCCCAGCCUCACGGUGUUUUCGGGGUUUGGGUCGCGCUCCACCUUCGCUACGCUGGCGCGAUUGAUACUCGGCGCCGGUCCUGCCAGCUGCUUCGCGUUCUCCCACAUCAAGCCAGCAGUGCUUUUACGCAACCUCUUCUCCGCGGCAACAACCUGUCGCGGAGCGACUGAUCCGAAAGUGCCAACCCGAGAGGCUUCUCUGUCAAGCGGAGGACGGCACGAAGAUGUGCGUUCCACGGGCGCUGCGGUGCGCCGUGCGUAAAAUCGACUUCGACGCCGCUGCGUUCGCGGUGUAAUCGAGCCGCUCGCAUGAGAAGUGGCGUGCGUUCGUCCAGUGCGAGGAAGCAGCAGCUCGUCCGCGAUCUGCCAAGUUGCACGUUUCGCCGAAUGUUUCGUUGACCGUGUUGUCGUGGCCGUUUGCGCUGGCCCGGUUGCCUACCACUUGUGUUGAACCGUUGUUCUCGUUUUCGUGUGAGCCGUACCCGAAAGUCUUUCUUUUUAAGUAUGACGCGGAAGUCGAGAACUGUCGCCCUGUGCUGCCUCGCGAACUUCGUGAACGCGGCGGAUCGCGUCCUCAUGCCAAUUGCCAUCGUGCCCAUGAGCGAGCAGUACCGCUGGAGCCUUCUGUGGCAAGGAUGGAUACUGAGUGCUUUCGCCGUCGGGUACAUCACUAGUCAGUUGGUGGGCUCUAGCUGCACCGUCGCGCUACGGUGGCCGCACCGUCAUGGCGGGCGCCGUGUUGCUUUGGUCGGCAUCGACGCUCGUGACGCCCUUGGUAGCCUCGUCACUUCCACUGCUGUUGCUUUGUCGUGCGCUGUUGGGAUUGGGUGAGGGACUCGGGCUGCCCUGCAUGUUUCACGUGGUGGGACAGGCGGCACCAGUGCCUGAGGAACGGACUCGUGCCGUGGCCUUGGUGCUGGCCGCGGGUGCUGCGGGACAGACCGCUGCAGCGCUGGUGUGUCCGCACCUAGAGUGGCACAGUGCCUUCUAUGUCCUUGGUGCUCUGGGCAUUGUGUGGACAGCCGUGUGGAUGGUGCUCCAUAGGGACGAGCCAUCACAGCUCAAGGAGCCUACAAAAGUGAACACAGUGUCAUCUCCGCACUGGCUGGAACUGAUCAGCCACUGGCCUCUGUGGGCCAUCUACAUCGCCCACUUCGCCAUGAACUGGUCUAGCUACACGAUCAUGCAGUGGCUUCCCACGUACCUGGUGCGCGCCCUGUAUGCCCGGCCAGGCCACCUCAGUCUGGCAGCGCUGCCCUACAUCUGCAAUUCCUUGUGCGGUCUGCUGACAGGCCCGAGCAGCGAACUAGCGGGCCGCCAGUGGAGUGUCCUGUCCGUACACAGGCUGGCCACUUCCUGUCUUGGCCUGCUCGGGCCCGGAAUAUGCCUACUUGCGUUCUCAGCUGUGGGCAGCCUGCCAUUGGCGCUGUUUUUUGUGUCCUGCGCCAUGGGCCUUCUAGCGUGCAAUUCGGCGGGUCACCUCGCCAACCACGCUGACGUGGCGCCGACUCACGCAGCUCUCACGUUCAGCGUCAGCAAUACACUGGCAACCAUUCCUGGUAUCCUGUGCGGGCCGCUGACGGCGGAGCUUGUGACGCAGUCUCAUGGGCGGUGGUUCCCCGUGUUUGUACUGGCCGCUGCCGUCAACUUUGUCGGCGCUGUGGUUUACGGAAGCCAGAGCUCUGCCAGCCAAGUGUUGUGAUGGUGUGCCAAUUGAAAACCCUCGUCAACUCCGUCAUUUCACCCUAGUCUCAACCAUAUGAAAUACGAAGCUAACGUGUGCGGCCCCGUUCAACUGCGAAACCGGGUGACCUGUGGACGUCUGAAGCGGGAACGGUGUGCGAGGCAUUUUGAACUGUUUGAACUCUGCACUACUACCAAUGGCAUGCACAGUUUGUUGGCACUUAGAACAGUGGAUAGACAAUAUAUGUUCCCACGUUUAAGUGGAAAUCGGAAAAAAAGGUGCAAUGUUCGCUGCUGCCUUGAGGAUCAACACUUUCAUUCGGUAGUUCGAGUGCAAACGUGGAGGGAGCAUUGUUUGGCGUAAACAACGCCAUCGACUUUUGUUGUAAUUGUUACGGAAAAUGUAUGAUAAAAUGUGUCGUCAUUUUUUGACCACCUGUUUCCAGAACUUGAUGUGAGGGUGCCUUUCCACUUUUUGUAAUGUGAAAACCCACUGGUGAAUAGUAAAAAAAAGACUGUUAGCUUA